UUCGUGUUUGAAACGCGUCGUACAGGCGAAUUAUCGUUCUGUUAUCUAUUAUGACUACCAUAAAUGGCAAACGGAACGGCGACAUAAUCCAUCCAAUGCGGACGCAUGGCCAUACUGGACCAAAUGGAACCAGAAAACUGCAUUACAAUGGGCUAAACCAACAAAUCACGAGCCAUGAACAGCCCAAAUCAUCGUACGAGCAAGUUCCGCUUCAUACUGCCUGUUUUACCUAUCUUGGAUUCUAUCUGCUGAUGAUACUGGGAUACAUAAACCAACUGUUCUUCACACCGAAAGUAGCUACCGAAAAGCACAGGGAUGGCUACGUGCCGCUCUACGAUGCGUUCGAGAAGUUCUAUCUACGCUAUGUUUAUAGACGUGUGAAAGAUUGCUGGAAUAGGCCCAUUUGCAGCGUUCCCGGCUCCGAAGUCGUUCUGAAGGAUAGAAUUACGAAGGAUUAUGGCUGGUCUUUUGAAUUUACGGGCACGGAAACAAAAUGUUUGAACCUAGGUUCAUACAAUUAUCUAGGAUUUGCCCAAAAUGAAGGCCCCUGCGCUGAUGAUUCAGAGGAGUGCAUUCGUACGUACGGUUUGGCAGCCUGUAGCCCGCGUAGAGAGCUCGGAACAAAUCCGCUGCACACUGAACUGGAGUCUCUGACGGCAAAGUUUUUGGGCGUUGAAGACGCUAUCGUUUUUGGUAUGGGCUUUGCAACCAACUCGUUGAACAUUCCUACACUAAUUACGCCGGGCUGCUUGGUUGUUAGUGAUGAGAAAAACCACGCUUCAAUCAUAUUGGGAUUACGACUAUCGGGAGCCACGCCCAAGGUCUUCAAACACAACAACAUGAACGAUCUGGAGCGUGUGCUGCGAGAAUCAAUUAUUGCGGGGCAGCCUGGCAGCGGGAAGCCGUGGAAAAAGAUUCUCAUCAUAGUGGAAGGUGUUUUCAGCAUGGAGGGGUCCAUCGUGAAGCUUCCGGAAAUCAUUGCUUUAAAAAAGAAGUACAAAGCCUACGUUUACCUUGAUGAAGCGCAUAGCAUUGGAGCUACCGGACCGUCGGGCCGUGGUAUUUUAGAGUAUUAUGGUGUAGAUCCUAACGAUAUUGACAUUUUAAUGGGUACGUUUACAAAAAGCUUCGGUUCUGCGGGAGGAUACAUUGCGGGCAAUAAGAAACUGAUCAACUUUCUAAGAGUACACAGUCACGCUCAUUGCUAUGCGAGUUCCAUGUCUCCUCCGGUAACGCAGCAAAUAUUAACUUCCAUGAAAAUAAUUCUUGGGCUCGACGGAUCAUCGGAAGGCCAGAAUCGCAUUUCGCAAUUGGCUAGAAAUACGCGCUACUUCAGAAAACGCUUGGCACAAAUUGGCGUCAUUACCUAUGGUCACGAGGAUUCUCCCGUCGUCCCAAUGCUUGUGUAUCUGUUUUCUAAAAUUGGAGCCGUGGUUCGAACAUUGACCUCCAAGAAUAUUGCAGUGGUCGGCGUUGGCUUCCCUGCGACCCCAAUCAUGGAAGGACGAAUUCGCUUUUGCCUAUCGGCUGCGCACACAAAGGAACAGUUGGACUACGCACUCGCCGUCAUCGAUGAUAUCAGCAAUACGCUGGGCUUAAAGUAUUCCCGUAAAGCUAAGGACUUAAAUCCCAUUCCGUAUUAACUGGACCAUUUCAGGAAAAAAAAUAUGUUGUUUUUAUUCAUUUAAUGUUCUAUGCAAGUAACAUAUUUGCAAAUAAAUGCAUGGUAGUAGCUUUGAA